UGCAAUUUGUUAAUUUGAAAUUUGAUUUUGAUUUCUUUGAUUGUACUUUGUAUUACAGCAAUUUAAUUAGCAGCAGUGGCAACAUUGAGAGAACAAAAACAGCUUCCACAUGAAGACCAUGUCGCGCUUUGGCCUGCGCCGUGGCUUCAAAUUUUCCGAGGAACAGCAGCAGGUCAAUGGCAACAGCAGUCCAAUUGGACCAACCGCACAAAAGCUGGCAACGCCGCCGCAACGCAAAAAGCGCAAUUGCAGCCUGCCCAGAGAGCAGCCAGAUCAGCAAUUGGAACCAAUUGAUGUCGAACUCGAGUUGGACAGGCAGCAGCAGCCCCCGCUGCCUCCCUCGCUGGUGUGCAGUGUGCCGCUGGAGCGUUUGCCGCGUCUCGUCGAGAAACUGCAACAGCUGCAACAACAGCAACAACAACAGCAACAACAACAGCGCGAACUUGAGGAAUAUUCGGCAACGGCUUUUAUCAAAGUUUUAUGCUUGUACUGUGAUAAGAAGUUCGCGUCGAGCAAGCUGCAGUCCAAGCAUGUGGACAAGUUUCAUACGGAACGCAAGGAGCGACGCUGCAGCAAUCGUUCGACCAACAACAACAACAACAACAACAACAUUAACAGCAGCAGCGGCAGCAGCAAUAACAGCCACGCCCACUUUCCAGGCUGUCAACACUGCAACAAGUCAAAGUCGCCAGCGUUGAGCUCGCCAAUCUGUCUGCCCGCCAAGCAACUGGAGCAGCUGUUCAAUCAUCUAAUCGUUAGCCAUGCGGACAAGUAUUUUGGCUGCCAGCAAUGCCAGCUGCGCUUUAACGAUGCACCGCAGCUGCACAGUCACAUGCGGCAUUUGCAUCAGCAACAGUUACCCCCGCAACAGCAGCAGCAGCAACAACAGCAGCAGCAACAGGAGACAUGCUCCAUGAUGGGCGCCGAGGAGCCGGUGCUGUUUCGCCUAGGUCUCACACAGAAUCGUUUGCCUGGACAGCGGCAGCGCAAUCGCAGCGCACGUCAGCAACGCGAACAGCAGCAGCAGCAACAGCAGCAGCACAGCAGCAGCAAUACCUCCGCCUCGGCCACACCCAAGCAACAGCAGCAGCAGCAGCAGCGCAGCAGCAGUCGCGCCGCUCAGCGUCAGGCAGCGGCAGCAGCAGCGGCAGCAGUCGCGCCUUCUUUAAGCCUCGCUGCUGUCACGACAGCAACUGUUGCCGCUGCCAGCAGCAACAGCAGCUGCAGCAGCAGUGUGUUCGAUGACAACUUUUACAAGGAUGUGGUGCAGAAUGUGCGCCACAAUUUGCAGCAUUUUCUCGACGGACGACUGCGCAGCGGACCCGCGCCGCCGCAGCCGCUCAGUACGCCGCCCGCCGCUGCGUCUAGCCUGCAACAGAUGGCGCUGUGCAGCGCCUAUCCCACAUUGCUCACAGCCGAACAAUUUGGCGAGGGUAAUGGCCUGGGGCUGGGCAUGGAGACGCUGCCGCUGCCACUGCCGCUGGCGGCAAAGGCGGCGCGGCGGCCGCACACGAAGCAUAGCUGGAAAUGGAAAUGGGAUUAUGUGAAGAAAUUUACGAUUAUCAACGAGAACGGACGCCUGGUCAAGAAGGUGAAGCAACCGUUUAUGGGGCUGCGCGAUUUGUCGCGUCUGGACAUGUGGACGCAGCUGACCAUGCGUCAGAAGCACGACCUGGAGCAGGCGCAGCAACAACAGCAGCAGCAACAACAGCAGCAGCAACAACAGCAACAGCAGCAGCAGCAACUGUUGCAACAGCUGCAUUUGCUGCUGGAUCGUCGCCUGUUGCCGCACAUAAUGCUCGAGCAAAACGAGCAGGCGAUUAUCAAGGAGGAACUGCCCGAGCAGCAACAGUUGCUAACGCAACAGCAGCAACAUUUGCUGCUGCCAGCACAAACAGGCGCCGAGCAAAGCUUCCUAAAGCUGCUUCAGCUGCAGCCGCGCCAGCAGCAAACGUUGCAGCCACGCCAGCAGCAACAGUUGCAGCUGCAGCAGCAACAGCAGCAACAAUUGGUGCUCAGCGGCGAAUGGGCGCGCCCACGCUUGUAUUUGUGCAUCUGCUGUGGGGCCAAGUUUGAGCAGCGCAAGGCGCUCGAGGAGCACAAAACGUUUCGACAUUCGCACAUCUAUGCGACACACUAUGAGCUGGUGGGCCGUGAGCUGCUCGCCGGCAACUUGUUGCGGCAUCUGUUUAUGCCGAAGCGUGCGCUCAGCCGUUAUGCGGCCGAGCAUCAGCAACAGUUGCUGUCGUCGCAGCACAAGCAGGAGCGCACCGUUGUCGAGGAUGAGUCAAUGUUGUGCAGUUCAUCGAAUUGCUCGGCGGCCUCAUCGGCCUUUGGCCUGGCCACGUCACAGCCGACGGCCGCCAGCUGCACGAAAUGCGGCCGCAAAUGCAACGGCCUGAUGGAUCUCUAUCGGCAUAUGUUGGACUGUUCCGGUGAUUAUGUUUGGUCAUUGGCCAAAAAGCGUAAAUAUCGUUAUUAUUGCGGCUCCAAGAAGCGACGCACCGCCUGCAAUAAGCCCGCCAAGCAUUUUGCACAGCUGCUGCGCAAGAAUGGCAAAAAGGUCAAGAAGCAGGGCCAGAUCGAGUCGGUGGAGGCUCGCCCAGAGCAGGCGGGCAACAAUGAUGCGUCCGAGGAGAGCGGCUCCAAUUGCUCCAAUUCCAAUUCGAACAAGACUAAAACGCCGCCGCGUCAAAGACCCAGCGAUGCCGAAUCCAUACGCAAAAUGCUGGAGAAUUUGCCGGCGAAGCGUGUUUGCAAAAAGAUCUUCCCGAUGGACAACAAGAAGCGCUCCAAGAAACAGGGCAAGCCCAACAAGAAGCUGCAAUCGCGCGAUCGCGCCAAGAAGCUAUACAAUCAUCAUCAUCAUCAUCUGCAUCAUCAUCAUCAUCAUUUGCAUCAUCACGCACUGCGGAAUACGCGCUCGCGCCUCGUCCGCGCCAAGCCAUCAACAGCAGCAGCUGCAGCAGCAGCAGCAGCAGCAACUGUUGCUGCCGAGCAGCAGCAGCGACAGCAGCGCAAUCGUCGCAAGCAGCAGCGCAGCAAGCGCAUCAGCGACUGCAUUGCCAUGCUGACGGGCAAGCUGGAGGAGAAGCUGAAGACUGAACAACAGCCGGCGGAAAAGGAGCAACCGUUGCUGCCGGCAGCAGCAGAGCCAACAACAGCCGAACAGCAACAGCUGCAGCCGAAGACGCCCAAACGCAAGGCCAUGUCCAGGCGCAUCAUCAAGCCGCACGCGGAGGAGGCAGCAGCAGCAGCAGCAAUAGCCACGCCUGUAACGGCAACAGUUGCGCCUGCAACAGCAACAGUUGCGCCUGUAACAGCGACAAUUGCCCCUGUAAAGCCAGCAACAACAGCAGCAACAGUUGCUGCUCCGCCGCUGCCUGUGCCCGUGCCUCUUCCUCUUCCACUGCCGCUGCCCGCCAAGCCUCCACUGCCGAUGCCAUUGCCUGCCCUGCCUGUGCCACUGCCCGUGCCCGUCAAGCUGCCAGCAGCAACUCACACGACACCAAAUCACACGCCAGCAACACCCACAGCAGCAGCAGCUGCAGCAACAAUGCUGCUGCCCAAGCUGCCAUUGUAUCUGCCAGUGCCGGCCAGCUAUGUGCUGGAGCCGCUAAAUCUUAGUCAUCAACAGCUGCAACAGCAGCAACAACAACGUGCCGCGGCAAUGCCCGCGCGUCGUCAAACGAUUUGUGGCUUUGAGGCGCGCAAUUUGCUGCAGCUGGACGAGAUGCAGCCACUGGAUCUGUCCAAGAAAAGCAAACGCAAACCAUCGCCAGCUCCUCCGGCUCCAGAGCAAUUGCCCCUGGGCCUGGGCCUGCCGCUCGUGCGCGGCACAGAAGCAACUGCUGCUGCCGCCGCAGCAGCAGCUGCUGCUGCUGCGCAUUACUAUUCCAAUCUGGAGUUGCUGAAAAUACCGCAAGUGCGCCAGCCGGUGCUGCCGCUGCCCAUGCCCGCCCUGGUGCCGCAGACGCCGCUGACUGUGAAGGCGCCCGCCAAGAAACGCGCCGCGGAGCUGGCCAGCAAAAAGGAGAAGCAGCCCAAUGUGACGCGCAUGGACGAGGUAAUCAACAAUCAUAUCGACGAUGCCAUCAACUCGGUUAUAUUGGCCGUGCAGGAGGAGGACGACGAACAGCGGCAGCAGCAGCAGCAGGAGCAGCAGCAGCAACAUUUUCCGCUGGCGCCCGUGCCCGUUCCGAUACCAGCAACUGUUGCUGCCGUCACACCGGCAACAGUUGCUACUGUGCCCGCCCGUCAUCUGACGCCAAAGAAGCGCAAUAUGCGCUCCAAGACAAUCGAUUGUCGUUCCGAGUUGACGCGACGCAGCGCCACGCCAUUGCUGGAGGAGCACAGCAGCAAUCUGAACAACAACAAUAACACAUCCUCCGGUUUUCAUAGCCUCGCCCAAUCCGAGGUGGCGGAGCCAACAGCUGAGCCUGAACCUGAGCCUGCGCCCAAACCUGAACCAGUUGCCACGCCCACUGCCACGCCCAAGGAGGAUGCCAAGAAGAAGCAGCGCCGUCGACGCAAAAACGAGCUGGCGGCAAUUGUUGCCGAUCAGCUGCUGGAGAGCUUCAAGAUCGACAAUGCGCGACGCGACAAUCUCAAAAAGCUAGAGAAUCUGGCGUACGAGAAGAGCGAGGAUCUGCUGCUCACAGGCAUGCUGCUCAUGUCCAGCACCAAACGCAAUGCCACGCUCCAAUCAGCAACUAUUGCCGGCGACACGAAGCGCAGCAAAGCCGCGUCAACGGACGCAGAGGCCGGGCCAGCCGGUCGUGGAAGGCCGAAGCGUCGCCAGAGCUGCUAUUAUAGACGCGGUCGCGGCAAGGCGGCGCCGCUGGGCGCCGAGACGAACAUAAGCGCAUUGAAAUCCUCGCUAGAAAACUUCUCCAUUGGCAUCGAGAAGCAGCUGCAGGCCAAGGAGGCGGCCAAGGCCAAGGCCACACCCACGACCGGCGCAGCCAGCUGCAUAUUAAGGCCAAGCAUACUAUGCACGGCGGCCAAGGAGCAGCAGCAAAGGCAGGAGAAGCAGCAAAAGUUGGAGGAGCAGCAGCAAGAGCAGGAGAAGCAGCAGGAGCAACAAUUGCCGGCGGCGGCAGCAACAGUUUCUGCUGCACUGCCCACCUACAGUCGCGAUCCGCGGCUCAAUAAAAACAUACACAAGGAGCCGGAGCAACUGCAGCAACAGCAGCAACAACAUAACCCGCAGCCACAUCAACAACAUGCGCCGCAGCACGGCGACAAUCUGGAGGAGGAGGACAACUAUUUGACGGAAAUUGCCAAAAAUGUCAAUGAGAAAAUCAUGUCAUCGACAAACGAGGACUUUGAGUUUGCCAACGAUGAACUGGACCAGGACAAGGAUAAAUUCUAUCGGCCGCCGACAUCGAUGAGCGUGCGCAGCGCUCCAAAUCUGAAUGAUGAGCACUCGAAUUUUGGCACCGACGACGACGAGAAUACCAAUACGGAAAUCCUGGACAUGGACAUGGACGAUGAGCUGAGCGUCUAUACCAGCUACUCACAGGAUCUGGGACGCAACGGACGCCGCCGGCGACGCAGACGUCGCAGCGUCCUCUUGACCCGCCGUCCCAAGAAGCGCAGCACACGCAACGGCGGUCAGCUGGAUGAGGCGGACAAAUAUGCCUGCCAGCUGUGCGGCAAAAGCUUCUAUACGUCCACAUCACUGUCCAAGCACAACAUGACGCUGGCUCACGUGUCCAAGCUUUCCGAACUGGAGUAUCUGCAGGCCAAGAGCAAUGCGCCGCCAAGUCCGCCGCAGCCAAUGGAGCAGCAACUGGAGGCGCCGCCUCAGCAGCUGCGCGCCUCGGUGCUUAUGCCGCCGCUUCAAAUGCAGAUGCAGAUGCAAAUGCAGGCCAUGCCAGCAGCAGCUGCUGCUCCAUUGCCGCCGCCCAGUCAUCAUGUCAUCACCGAGGAGAGCCUGCGACUCCAUGACAAUCAACAGCAACAGCAACAGCAACAGCAGCAGCAGCAGCAGCAUCAUACGAGUCCCGCCCACAGCGCCGCCCGGCUUAAUCUGAAUCCCGACGAGCGUCUCUUUUACGAAUGCUGCAACAUCCUCAAGAGCGCCGAGACGCCGCGUCUGGCCAGCGGCACGACGGCAUCUGUGAUUGUCAGCGCCGGGCGCAAGAACCUGGAGACGACGCCGACGCCGCCAACUGUUGAGCCAGCUGCUGAUGAAUCACUGCCGCCGCCAGCAUCUCCAUCCCCAUCCCCAUCCCGAUCGCCAUCGCCAUCGCCAACAGUUCCAGCUCUUGCGCCAGCUCCUGCUCCUGCUCCAGCUCCGACUGUUUCCCAUCAACCUGUUAUCCAGCAGCUGUUUCGUAAUCCGCCCGCGGCCACGCCCACACCAACGCCCACGUAACAUCUGCAUCCUCAUCCGCAUCCGCAUCGCCUUUCGCCCAGCUACUCGGCCAUGUCGCAGUUUUCCGCAAUGACCGCAACAAACAUGACCACAUCGCGCUUCAAGACAAAGGCCGCCAUGAAGGGUUACGAGACGAAUGUGACGACGCAUCUACAGCUGGACAUGGAUCUGGCGAAGACGGCGCGCGCCGUUUGCAAGCUCACCGAAUUGGCGGACAUUGCUUUGGGCAGCGAGAAGCCGCCGGGCGUUGACUAUAUGUCCGCACAGAUCUUGCCCAGCAACCCGGAGCAGCAACAGCAACCGCCGGGCACAGCAGCAGCAACUGUUGCCGAGCCGAGCUCCACAUCCUCAAAGACAAUUAUGCACGCCUCGUCCAUAAUCAAGGGCCGGAUCAUUAUACCGGAGCGUCCGUUCAAGAAUAUUGGUUUGGAGGAGAAGGCGCCAAUUACCUUCCAGAAGCCCAAGACGAGCGUCAAUCUGUUAACCGAGGACAACAAUAGCGUCUCCACGGCCAGCUAUUCGGAUCGCGAUGAUUACGAUUUUGGUACGCUCAGCUGCGAGGAUGUGGAUGCAGAGGGGGAAGGGGAUGGUGAUGUGGAUGGGGAGAGUGAGCAACUGAAGCCUGCGGCUGGCAUGGUUGCGUGCUCCGCGGCCAGCUGCUCGAGCAGCUCGAGCUCCUCCACGGCGUCCAGCACACAGCAGAGCAGCAGCAGGAGCAGCAGCUCGAGUCGGGCGACUGCCAAAACGUUUGAGAACAAAUCGCUGAUCAUGGGCCGGAUCUUUAAGCAUGCGAGCAGCGCCAAGGUAGGCACAACGCCGCCCAAGCUGGCCGUGAAGAGUGCGCCCAAGGAUAAGGCACAGCUGGAUCAGCUUUUCGAUGAGCUGCGUGGCGCCGCCAAGCCGCAGCAGCAGCCGGUCAAUGAGCAGCCCCAGUUGGAGCCCUUGGCCGUGCCGCCGCCAGCUGCGAUGCCAGCACCAGCUGCGCCGGCGACGACAAAGUGCGGCAAGGCGAGCGCACGCAAGGAUCUGUCCAAGCUGCAAACGGAGCUGGGCAUGAGCGCCGAGGAGCUGGAGCAGCUCAUCGAUGAGGGUCAGCGCAAAUCGAAGCGACGCUGCGCCACAAAUCGGCCCAAAAAGCUGGUGGAGACCUGGAGCUCCGAUGAGUACGAGGAGUUUCUCUCCACCAAGGACAUCAUAGCCCUGAUCGAACAGAAGGAACAGCAGGAGCAGCGACGCAAGCGCAAGACUAGCGAAGCACAAGAGACGCCGGCGGGCAACAGGCAACGUGCGGAUCGGGAAAAGUCCACGCAGACCGUGGCAAAUGCCAAAAGUCGCAAAACACGCAAAGCCGAGCAGCUGGCGGCGGCAGCGACGCAGCCGAAACGCGCCAGGCAGCGCAGCAGCGUCGCAGAGCCGACAGCGCCGGUUAAGGCCAAGCCAAAGGCUAAGACGAAGGCGAAGGCAGCGCGUGGCAAGCCUGCCGCAGCCAAAACGCAGCAGCAGCAACAGAAGCCGGCGAAGGCGCCAGCAGCGGCGACAAACAACAACAACAACAACAGCAGCAGCAGCAACAAAAAUUUGAAAACGAAACGUAAAUCGCAAACACAUCGCCAGUCGCCGGCGCGCCGGAAGCGUCCGGCCAGCGAGAAGCAGCUGUAUUAUUGGAGCAGCUCCAGCGAUGAUGAAUUCGGUCGCAUCCAUGUGGAGGCAGCAGCGGCGGCGGCAGAGGCAGCGGCAGCGGCAGCACAAGCAGCAGCAGCAGCAGCCGACGCACAAGCCAACAACGCACAACCGCAGUCGCAGAUGGCGCCGCCGCCGAAGCACUUUGAUGAUAGCGAGCAGUAUCAGAAGCACGGCUGGAUCGUUGGUGACUCGCACAAGAAGCUGGUCAAGCUGCUGGCCAUUGCCAAGGGCAGCAAGAAGGUGGAUAAUUGCGGCGUUAAGCGGCGCACGCCCAAACGCAAAUGCUAGAAGCGAUGCACAGUUGGGAACAGCUGCCAACUGCCAACUGCAAGCAAAAAAUGUAUUUCAUAUAUAUAUUUUUUCCUUUCUUUAAACACACACAUCUAAGCGUUACAUUAUUUAGGUUAUUCUAUGUUUUUUUUUUUAUUAAAUGUAUUUAUAAUUAAUAAACAAAA